GUACCUUCCUUAUUGCUGAUUCGAGUAUUAACCAGACUAACGUAUUUGUAAACAUCACCACACGGAUGAAGACGCAUGCCAGCCAGCAGCCAGAAGCGCGCCAUCCAACUUGUCUCCAGUUUAUCUGAAGUGGUCUUGUGACAAGUCGGUGCAUAGCAAAAUAAGAUGUCUUACAAUGUCCUCUUUUUCUUGUGACAUAAAAACGUAAAUCGCUACAUCAUUUGCCAUCGUUACGGUAAUAAGAAAGUGGACUGUAACUGCCAACCGGGUUCGAGUGAGGCAUUUUGGAUUAUUUGCUUCUUUUUCGUGGAUACUAGUGCCACAACAUCUCACUUCUGUAUUCCAGUCGUAUCCUUGGCAACGCCUUAUUUCAAUGUGUGGAUGUGACAAGAGCUAGCUACAACAAAUCAGACGGAACUAAAAUAAAGGACUGAAACAUCACCAUGGCCGAACAAAGUGAUAGAAUCCACAAGGCGCUUAUUGCAGUCAACUGUUUGUAUGUGAUCUUAGGAAUCAUCUUAAUAAGUAUGAGUGCUAUAGCGAUGCAGGCAACCCUCCUCCUUACUACGCCUGUAGUUGGCGGUCUCGCGGCUACAGGAACUUUCCUCUUACUUCUGGCCAUUCUUGGUAUACUCGGGGUUGUCAUGGGCAACCAAGCUCUCAUAUUUUUUUACCUCGUCUUCAUGUGCAUUACGUGUUUCAUGCAGUCCUGCAUGGCCAUAGCCUGUCUAGGAGCAUUUGGCAAAGCACACAGAACUGACGUGCUAUUAAACGGCUGGGAAGAGGCUAGCAAUGUAACGAGACAGCAACUUCAGAGCAGCUUCCUGUGCUGUGGGUUGGAUCAUCUUCAUGUGAAUUACAGCAGUUGUAAGGAACAACAGCUCCCCUGUUGUUCUAAGGACCACGACUGCUCUGUGUGUGAUUUUUGCAUGUUGACACUAGACCAGCGAUUGCAGCAUGCUGUUCAAUUUACAGGAGGGGUGGGCUUAUUCUUCGGGUUUCUUCAGCUUGCAGGCAUAAUGUUGGCUUGGUGGUACCGUAAGCAACCCACUCUAGGAUUCGGCCACGAUAUCUUAAAUUGAAUCACCCACCAUCCCGCAGAAUUAAUCAUAAUCCAAACAAAUAAAAAACACGCUAAAAAUGCUGCUCAGUGACGUGGAAGCCUCAUCUUGUCCAUUCAAGUGGAGCUACAUUUGCUGUUGUCAUGGCAACACAAGAGGUCACAAUGUCAAAUGAGAACUGCAUAACUGGAGGCCUGACCAUCUGAGAGCUCAUUGGCAUAUGACUACGUCGGCAGCAAUCUGUUUGUUUCUCAUUCCUUGUGAUCCACCCACCAAACCAAACAGCGGUUGCCAUCAGGAUCAUAGACUGGUCCCCUAAGCAAUUUUGAGAAUUGACAUUAUCAAUGCAAAUGAGAAUACAGGAAACCUUGGCCUAAUUUCAUGGAACUUCUUAAGCACAAUAAAAUAGCUUUGAACAAAAUCAUGCUUACAGGAUAAGUUACCAGCCAAAACACUCUUCCACGUGUAUAAUCUAUGAAUGGUAUCCGCCCAUUUUGGGGCUUAGCAGAAUUUCUUUAAGCUGUGUUUCUGUUAAAAUAAGCAGCUCUAUGGAAUUGGACCCUGAUAAUAUGAAAGUCAAAUCCUGAUGAGCUUUAUUCAGAAAGGAAGAGGUAAUUGAUAACCCAGAAAUGCUCUUUCAAACCUAGUUUUUCAAAAUGAUUUUUGUUUCUAAAGAGUAAUCCUGAGACAAUUCCUGUUGGUAUUUCAUUGUAGUAGGGGGCUCACAUUAAUUUUUGUAGACAGGAAUUGUUUUUAUUUAUAAAUUUAGAAGUCGAUGUCUUUCAACAGAAUGUAUCCAAUGCAAAAUUUGAAGAAAACAAAUUCUAAACCAAAUAAAAAAUUUUAAGACGAGUGAACACUUGUAUUUUGAUAAUUUUAAAACAUUAUAAAAGAUUGUUAAUAAAACAUGAGAGUGUUGAUGUUUUUAUGAGUCCAGAGAGCAGCGAAAGACGGUGAACUGAAAGCUUCACUUGGAAGGUAUAAGGUCUAUAGCAAAAUGACUUUAUUUCAAGACCUUUCAAAGAAGCCUUUCACAAUGAUCUUAUCCUUGUGUUUUCUGCAGAUAAUUUGUCUUCAAGGGAAACAUCAAUACAUUUUUUUAAUCGAAGGUAAAUCGUAAAAUCCAAAAAUGAUGGUGACGUACAUAAGUGGAUCUAUACAAGACGUUUGUAUAAUACUGAUGCUACUUAUUUUGAUUUUGUUGAAUUGGUUCUUGAAGAAAACCUAAUUAUUUCAUACUUUGUUUUUACCUAAGCCAUUUUCUUUUAGCAUUUUACUUCUUUAAAAACAAUUUUGCUUCCAUUUAGUUAUUAUAUUCUUCCCUGUCCUCGUUUUGUUUAUAGUUAUUUUUUAAGCACGAUAAACCACACCCAAAUUAGAUGAGAGUUUGGCGAAAUAUUCAACCACAAAAUGUAAACAAAAUCAGACCAGCUAGGCUAUUGUUUAAAGGAACACGUUGCCUUGGAUCGGUCGAGUUGG